AUCAACUCCUACAGUCAGUUUCGAUCUACUGUGCAACAGAUACCAUACGUGGCGAGUUUCGAUAUCGAAGAUGCUGACAGUACAUUUCACUGGUGAAGCGAAACGAAGUAGCAACUGUCCAUUCCUUCCCGAUUUCGCCCAGAAGGAGCGAAGUCGAAUAGAGCGCCAGCGGAGAGCGUGGAUUGAUGCCCCUGCUGCCAGUUCACGGCUUCCACGGAGCGAGCGUGCAUAUUGUAGUGACAUGGCUACGAAUAUUUCGGAUGAAAUCGAGGACAUCGAUCGGAAGCAAAAUACAGAAGUAGCAAACACCGAUGAAUUCCCGCCUGAAUACUUAAUCAAGCAUCCGUUGCAGAAUACUUGGACUUUGUGGUAUUACGAACCUGACAGGAAUAAAUCAUGGGAAGAGAGGCACCGGGAAGUCACAAGUUUCGAUACAGCUGAAGAUUUCUGGAGCUUGUACAACCACAUAAAAACAGCGUCUGAAUUAAGACAAGGUUGUGACUAUAGCAUGUUUAAGCAAGGAAUUCGGCCUAUGUGGGAAGAUGAUCAGAACAAAUGCGGUGGACGAUGGAUAAUAAAUCUAGAUAAGAAGCAAAGAGCUACAGACUUAGAUAAUUUUUGGUUAGAAAUUUUACUUUGCAUGAUUGGUGAAGCCUUCAAUGAAUACUCUGAUGAUAUAUGCGGAGCUGUAGUAAAUGUCAGGACAAAGGGAGAUAAAUUAUGCGUUUGGACGUCAAAUGCGGAUUCUGCAGAUAGUGUUAUGGAAAUUGGCCGCAAAUUAAAGGAAAGAUUGAGGAUCACAUCUAAAACAAUGAUGGGAUAUCAAGUACAUAAAGAUACUAUGGCAACAACUGGAAAUCAAACAAAAAAUACUUAUACACUUUAAAUAUUGCCAAAUUCAUUAUGAUAUCACCUUUAAGUUGUUCAUUAAGACAUUAAUGUCAAAAAUUGCCGGACGACAUAUUAACAAUAUAAUUGGAAGUGUUUGUUUGCAUUAUGUUGAAAAAUUAAAUCUUGUUUUCGAAAGCAUGUUAUGUCGUUUGUAGCCAUGUUUUCGUAAUAACGACAGAAAUUAAAUGAAAACCAAUAAAUAUAUGAUGAAUCGAAGUAGAUUGAUAUCAUUAACAUAAAAAUUAGUUUAUAAUGCAGUUUUGAUAUAGUUUACGAAAGAUACGCGCGGGCUGCUGUAUUUUUCUGUAGUUGAUAACAUGAUUGUAUGAUUGAUACAUUUAUACUUAAAUGUAAUUUGUGGAAUUUCAUUUUUCAACAAAUAAAUACAUAUAUAAUUUCUUGUAA